AUGCUUGCGAUUUCUCGGCAUCCCUUUCAUUACCCUAUUCCUUCGUCUUGCUAUCAAUUCCCCUUGACUUAUCGCCUCUUGCCUUUCCACCUCCAAAUCUACGCCAGUAUCGGUUGCAAGAUGUCGACCGAUCCCAAGUUAGCUCCCCUCCAUCGACAGCUCUUUGAAGAAGGCUUGAAGGUGCGACGCGAAGUAGUCGGAACCGAAUAUGUUGAGAACGCCCUGGCAAACGGAUCGACCGAAUUUUCCCGUCCCGGACAAGAGCUCGUCACGGAGUGGUGCUGGGGCUGGGCUUGGACACGCGAUGGCUUAACGAGGAAACAGAGGUCACUACUCAAUAUUGGCAUGCUCAUGGCGUUGAACCGAGCCCCCGAACUGGCUGUGCAUAUUCGUGGUGCAAGAAACAACGGCUUGACUGAGGUAGAAAUCAGGGAGGCCAUUCUACACUGCACGACUUACUGUGGUGUGCCGGCCGGGGUGGACGCCAUGAAAGUGGCCGAGAAGGUUCUGAAUGAGAUGGCGGAUAAGGGAGAGAAAGAUAGGGAACUGGGUAACAAGGCAGUGUGA